GUUGGCGUGGUAUCUGUCUGCGGGGCGGACACACCGCUGCAGGAGAUAAGGUCAACUUUACUCCGGAUGCACCGGCGAGCAUGUAGAUGAGUGCACGCUGAUACUUUGGUGUAGAUAUUUAGUCUAUUUAGUUUGGUACUCUCACAUUUGUUGGAGUGAAUUGGCUUGUAUUACUCUUGUUCACACUUGCUAUUAGUAGAAUCACUUUACAGGCUCGUGCAGCUUAUGAAGCUAAUGUGUCAGAGCUAACAGAAAAUAACGUGUAUUUCCGCGUGUGUAUGACGUUUCUGAUGAAAACAAACACUCAGAAUGUGGCCGUGGAGCUGUUAUGGGAGAGAUUCUUCUCUGGAAGUGGAGUGAAUUGAAGCACAGAGGCAUCUGUGGAAGAGGAGGAGGAGACUGGGGGACCACGGGGGACCACGGGGGACCACGGGGGACCACGGGGGACCACGGGGAUGGAGCUGGCAGCGGCUCACCCAGCUCUCAAAGCCUUCAUGUGUGGCUCUCUCAGUGGCACCUGCUCCACGCUGCUCUUCCAGCCUUUAGAUUUGGUCAAAACACGGCUGCAGACUUUGCAGAAAAAUGCUAAACCAGGAGCGCCUAAAGUUGGAAUGUUUUCGGUUUUUGUACAAGUCAUUAGAACAGAGAAAUUCUUCAGUCUUUGGAAAGGAGUUUCACCAUCGUUCGUGCGCUGCAUUCCUGGUGUGGGCAUCUACUUCAGCACUUUCUAUUCACUGAAGCAACACUUCUUCCAGGACCGAGCGCCUAAUGCUGGAGAGGCCGUGCUCCUGGGAGCAGGGGCCCGAUCUGUGGCUGGGGUCUCCAUGCUCCCGUUCACGGUCAUCAAGACGCGCUUUGAGAGUGGCUGCUAUAACUAUGGGAGUGUAGUGGGGGCACUAAAGAGCAUGUAUCAGACAGAGGGAGUCAGAGCUCUGUUUUCUGGACUAACUGCGACACUGCUCAGAGACGCUCCAUUCUCCGGCAUCUACGUCAUGUUCUACAGUCAAACCAAGAGGUCCCUGCCACAGGAGGUGGCCUCCUCCCCUUACGCUCCCCUGGUGAAUUUCAGCUGUGGGGUCGUUGCUGGAGUCAUGGCGUCGCUAGCGACACAACCUGCUGACGUCGUCAAGACACAUAUUCAAGUGAGCCCGUCUCACUGGCGCACGGCAGAUGCCAUCCACUACAUCUACUCUGAAAAUGGAGUGCGGGGCUUUUUCCGUGGAGCUGUCCCCAGGUCCCUCAGACGCACGCUAAUGGCUGCUAUGGCGUGGACUGUUUAUGAACAGCUCAUGGCCAAAAUGGGUCUCAAAUCCUGAGGCGUCUCAAAUCUUGAGGUGUCUCAAAUCUUGAGGCGUCUCAAAUCUUGAGGCGUCUCAAAUCUUGAGGCGUCUCAAAUCUUGAGGCGUCUCUAAUCUUGAGGCAUCUCUAAUCCUGAGGCGUCUCAAAUACUGAGGCGUCCCCAAAAGCCCCUAGAGUCUUAAUCUGAGGGAAUAUAUAUCUAUGUUCUCAAAGGCCUUGACUAGAGGAAGGGAUUUACGCUCCAAGUGAGGUCUCACACCCAAGACACAACUGCACAACAAAAGAUAAGGUGUUAAAAUGUCUGAGAAGAACAGGUGAUCUAUGUGUGUGUACAUGUGUGUUUUUAUUGUUUUAAUAUGUGAAAUGAAUGUUGUCUGUUAAACCUUACUGUUGUGUUAGUCUGGGAUCAAAGUGACGUUCUCCACUCCUUCAAAUCUCAUGUUAUUGUUAUUACUCAUAGCCAUUUUGUCGGUGUAUACAGUGUACCAACUUGACUGGGGAUUCCCAAAUGGAUGCAUCUGGGAAUACAGUUGAGAUCCUGCAGUGGCAUUUUUAGAAAAAGAUCUGCACAGACAAUCAUGCUUCUGCGUAAAGGAAACACAGAAAAACUGAUCACAACAAGGCCUUUUGUUUGAUAUUCUGAAAACUGCUUAACUCAGUACACACACACUCACACAUGCACACAAACACAUAUCCACACACAUACACCCACAUAUGCACAUACACAUACACACACCUGCCUGUUUGGUUUUUGACUUGACAUUGCUUCAAACAGAAUUUUAAAGUUGUGACAGUAGUGCCAGUUUAUUGAGUUUGAUUUACACUGGUUGGUUGCUCUUCGGUUAAAUCUGUAGCAUGUGUGAGUGGUACUCAUCAGCACUGGUCAUGGACUGUAUACAGUCUAUGCUAAUGAGUCAAACUGUUUAUUAAAUGUAACUUUGUAAAUAUUUGCCAGAAAUAGUGAUCAUAUUUUUGUGCAAUGUACCGUUUAUUGUAGACAAAAGACUACAGUCUGUGUACUUUAACAUCACCCGAAACUAGUCGUGUGUGUCUGUGUAGGCCUGUGUGUGUAUGAAUGACCUUUUUUAAACCUGUGAAUUUAAAUUGACUAUUUUUGUAUGUUUUCUGUUCUGAAGAUGUCUGUGAUGAAGCACACCUGCUGUUUGUUAUGGCUAUAUAUGGUCAUAUAAUGUAUUGAAGACAGAUCUGUGCAUUUGUCAAAGUGAUGUGAAACUGUUGUAAUUAAUUAAAAUAAAAGUAUUUUGAAUAAAACAUUUAUUUCACUA